AUGCCCGAUAACAUAGAAAACCAGUCCAUCAAACUUGAAAUCAUUAGUGCAAAAAAUCUCAAAGUCCCGUCCCGGCGCCAACCCGCUGGCAUCUACAUAUCCAUCAAUUUCGACUCGAGCAGACGCUGGAAAUCAACUAUCAGUGUCUUACCAUACAAGAGAUCUAUAGCGUGGGGAGAUACAGUUACCCUAUCAUCACAGGCGUCAACUGCAUUAUCAGUGGAGGUCAGAGCGUCCUACGAGGUCGAUCGAACGCUAGGCAAUGGAGAAGUCAUCGGAACACUCAAAACAUCGUGGAAUGAGCUGCUCGAUCAUGGAGAUGAGCCAUUCGAACUAUCCUUCCCUCCUGUUCGUGGUGUCCGCCCUUCCCUCACGUUGAAAGUCGCUGUUGUCGAUGCCUGCGACAAUCAGAACGGCGCACUGUUUGACUCCCUUGUGGACUGCGAGAUAGCUCGAGACACAGAUGCGGGCCAUGCACUAUUUGCCGAAUACAGGACCAGCAAGAGGGUCUCUCACCUGAAUGAUGUUGUGCAGCGAUUUCAGUUCGUUCUUGACCAGUGUCCGGUCGACCAUCCUGACCACGCAGCGGCUCUCACCAACCUCGCGUGGGCAUGCCUUCGAGGUUAUAUUCAAAUGGGUAUUCAAGACAUUGAUACCAUCACUUCCCUCUUCCGCGAAGCCCUUGCAUUGCAUCCGCAGGCCCAUCCCGAUCAUACGCUAUCUCUCUAUCGUCUCAUUUUCGCAUUGAACUGGCGCUACGACAGGGAGCGCACCGCUGUCCACAUCCAGGAAUCCGCGCAACUGUGCUGCAAGUUACUGACCCUCUGUCCAGAGGGCACCUACCUUCGUUGCAUCGGCGUGAAUGGCGCGGUCGAUUAUGUGGUCAGCGCAUGCAACAAUCUUCCCAUCGACGCGUCCGAUGAAGGGAUCCACCUUCGACGAGUCGUGCUCGAGCUUUGUUCUCUGUGUCAACGCCGUCCAAGAUCACUCCACAAUCUUUCACAGUCACUCUUCACACGCUUUGAACACCAGGGCAGCAUUGAUGAUAUAGACGAGUGCAUACAACUUGGUCGUGAAGUCGUUUCUCUGUGCCCCGAGGGACAUCCCUGGCAUAAUGACUACCUGAAUAACUUGGCCUUGUCACUUGUGUGCCGCUUCGAACACCAACGCGAAUCUUCUGACCUCAACGAGGCCAUCUCUUCGUAUGAAAAAGUGGUGCAUCUGACCCCCGUCGGGCGCAAGACUCGUGAUAUCUCAUUGGACAACCUAGGGGACGCCCUCCGCACCCGUUUCUGCGAACGCGGUGAUGCCGAUGACAUCCACCGGGCUAUCGGCCUCCAGGGCGAGGCACUGACGUUGCUCCCACAUGGGCAUCCACGUCGUAAAACCACGCUUAUGAACCUUGCCCUCGCGCACUACGACGCAUAUGUCAAAUUGCAUGACAUCGUGUGUCUUUAUGUAGCCAUUGAGCUGCAUCGUCAAUCCCUUCGUGUAAGGGAGCUUGACGAUCCAGAUCGCCCUAUAAAUCUUGUCAAUUUGAGCGCAGCUCUCUGUUCUCAUUUCGAGCAAACUCGGAAGAAUGAAGAUAUAGAGGAGGCUAUUCGACUCUGCCAAGAAUCAUUAGAGGCUUUACAUUCUCUGCACCCAGAUAGAUGUGGUAGCUACCUGCAGUUGCAGAAGGCCUAUAUAUCUCGUUACCAGGUGCAACACAAUCCCGCUGAUUUGUCACUCGCUGUAGAGAACUUCAGACUCGCAUCGAGACACCCUACACAAGGCUUGGCGCGGCGCAUCAUUGUGUCAUAUAAUUGGACUGUCAUAGCAGAGCACCAUGGUGGUGGAUCCGCACUGGAGGCUUACUCGACAUUUUUCGAACUUCUGGAUGCUCAUUUGGCAACAAGGUCAUCACCAGCUUCACGGCGCGAAGCUGCUGCUGCCUUCCAUUAUGCUAGAUCACUACCUGUGGAUGCGGCAUCCUGUGCCAUACGCUGUGAUGAUACACGACACGCAGUCGAACUCGUGGAGCACGGUCGUGGCCAACAGUGGUCAUUGGCCUCUCGCCUGAGGACUCCGCUCGAAGACCUCGAGUCCACGAAUCCCAACCUAGCUCAUAAGCUCUCAGAGCUCAGCAAAUGUCUGUCUGGUGGUCAAGGUUCUGCGGGCAGCACAGACCGAGCUGCUGCUGAUCGAGCAGCAACAAAGUACAGGAAACUUGUGGAGCAGUGGGACGCUACGGUAGCUCAAAUCCGUGAUCUUGAAGGUUUCUCGCGGUUCCUACUCCUCCCAUCGUAUACAGAGCUGCAAGCAGCAGCGUGCCGUGGCCCGGUCAUCAUCCUCGUUGCCAGCAAAUACUCAUGUAGUGCAAUCAUUGUCCCGGCUUCUGGAGAGCCCCAUCACGUUCGCUUCCCGCGAAUCACUCUACCACAUCUAGACAAGCUCAAGGAUGAUUUCGCUACGGCAAUCCGGCACGCAACGCGUAUGCGCCCAGAGGAGCCGAGGAAGAAGUUGCGAGUACUCUUGAGGAUGGUGUGGGAUGAGAUCAUGCUACCCAUUGUUAACGUCCUCCAGCAUGACCUAAAAUUGCGGUAUCAAUCUCGAAUAUGGCUGUGUCCGACAGCAGCCUUCACGUCCAUCCCUCUGCAUGCAGCUAACCCCUUCCGAAUGAAUGCAGAUCGCUCUGGGAGGGAGUCAUGCCUUGAGGACCUAUACAUCUGCUCUUAUACGCCCACACUUUCGGCUCUUCUAAGAGCUCGGCAGGCGAUGAAGACGCGUACGACUCCGUCCUUCGCCGCAAUUGGACAAAGUCGACCGGGCGCAGGACAAGGCGAUGUGCUCCCCGCUGUCGACAGCGAGCUUGAGCUUGUCCAUACACUCGUUCCUCCCAACGUCGAGUUCACCCAUAUUUCAAAAGACGAAGCCACACAAGCGGGUGCACUCAACGCUUUGCGAUGCAACACCUGGGUGCACCUUGCUUGUCACGGCAAGCAAGACCUUGAGCAACCUUACAACUCACGUUUCGCCAUGAGAGACAAACCCCUCACGCUGCUUGACAUCAUGGAGAACAAUUCUCCGCAAGCUGAAUUUGCAUUCUUAUCAGCGUGUCAUACCGCCGUCGGCGAUGAGGAGACACCCGACGAAGCCAUCCACCUCGCAGCUGGACUCCAGUUCUCCGGUUUCAAGAGUGUCAUCGGCACGUUGUGGGGGGUCAGUGACAUUCUCGCAAAACACGUUGUUGAAGCCUUCUACGAGAAUAUGUUCAAGGAUUCGGGGGGUGGUGGUGUCAUGGACUGCACGAAGGCAGCCUGGGCACUCAACCGUGCUACACACGCUGUGACGACGAAAGUGCCGCUCGAGCAGAGGAUGGUCUUCAUUCAUAUUGGUGUGUAG